AUGGCCGCACCCAAGAAGAUUCUUUUCAUCUGCUCCAGCGAUUAUGGCCAGGCCAAUGUUAUCCUGGCGACCUCGUACGCCCUUAUGGCAACGGGAGCACCUCUUGAGAUGCACGUCGCAUCAGAGCAUCCCAUGAAGCCAGAGGUCGAACACACGAUGGCGUUAGCAGACGAAACAAUCAAGACAGCCGCGCCGUACAAACUUCACUUCCACGGCAUCACGGGCGUGUCCCACUUCGAAGCAAUGUCACGACCACAAGCAGGUGUCAUGGACGCCUGGUCACUCCCCUUGCCAAAUUUCUCGAAUGCGUCAGUCUUCAUGGGCCGUUUCUCUUACGGUGCCAUGCCCUGGGAGCCGGAGGAGGUUGUUGAUCUUUAUGCCCAGACUGUCAGCAUCAUCAAGGAGGUUCAGCCUGAACUAACAGUCAUCGACCCUCUCUACCUGCCCGGACUCACUGCGGCACACUAUCUUAAGGUCAAGUGGACCGUAUUAGCUCCCAAUACCAUCAAGGACUUUGCCGUACCAUGCCAGCCCAAGGGCGCAGCUCUGUGGAAAUACCCGGUCAUCGGCUCUGGCCUCCCAUAUCCGGUGCCAUGGUCUCAGAUGGCACAUAAUAUAGGGCUCACGCUCAUCCUCGCCAAGACGAUGCUGACCGACAACCGGACCAAGACGGCAGUGAGGCUCCUGCGAGAGCACACCGGUGACGAGAACCUACAGAUGAUGUCCUUGGCCGAGCUGGGCGUGGUCCACGCGCCGCCUCCCGGGCUGAGGCUCAUCAGCGCCUUCUCGCCGGACCUAGACUACCCUCUCGAUAUCAUUCCCAGCCACGUCAUUCCGGUCGGGCCAAUCGUGCGAUACGCAAAAAAGCUGGCUGAUAUUGACCCCACGCUGGACCAAUGGCUUUCGAGGGGCCCAACGGUGUACAUCAACCUGGGCACACAGUUGAAGAUGACGCCGGCUGAGGCGCUGGAGAUGGCGCUGUCCGUGCGUGAUCUCCUUGACGCGGCCGGUGCAUCCUCCAAGAUGCAAGUUCUCUGGAAGCUGAAGCGCAAGGCAGGGGAUGCCAAGGACGGCGAGUGGAAGGUUGUGCACGACACACUGUUGCCUGAGAUUGAGACCGGCCGUGUGCGUAUCACGUCCUGGGUCAAGGCAGACCCGUGCUCGAUCCUGUUAUCUGGACGUGUCGUCUGCUCUGUGCACCACGGAGGCGCAAAUUCACACCAUGAAGCGUUGGCAGCCGGAGUACCACAAGUCGUGCUACCGUCAUGGAUCGACUGUUACGACUUUGGAAACCGCGUCGAGCUAAACGGCGUGGGCAUCAGGGCGAACAAGACUGCGGCCCCGCGGUGGGCGCGUGCGGAGCUGGGCACGGCACUGAAGGACAUUCUGAUCGGAGAGAAAGCUGUCGCGUUCCGAGAAAACGCAAAGAAGCUGGCCGAGAAGCACCCAGAGCAUGCAGGACGGACUAAGGCUGCGGAUGUCAUCUUGGACAUCCUAAACACAUGA